AUGACGGAUCUCAAUAUUGCUAGAGUGAUGUCACUUUCUGGACGAGUCGGUCUCGUUACAGGCGGAGGAACGGGAAUAGGAUUAACCAUUGCUAAAGCCUUCGCUGCCAAUGGAGUCAAAGUGUACAUUACUGGCCGAAGGUUGGAUGUGCUGGAGAAAGCUGCAGCAUCUGUCACUGGUGUUCCAGGAUCCGUCGUCCCAUGGAUGCGACAAAUGAAGAAAGCGUCAAGACUGGCGCAAAGCACAUCGAAGGAAUCGAUGGAAAGCUCGAUAUCCUUGUCAACAAUGCCGGAUUUUCCUGCAUCUGCUCAUGACCCGGACUUUUUCACAAAGAAAUACGCUGCAGAGGAUCCCUUUGAACCUGAAACUGUGCAGAACUGGGCUGACAUCUUCGCAAUCAACACCAUCGCCCCGUUCUUUGUUGUCCACGCCUUCCAAUCACUCCUCAUCAAAGGAGCACGUUCCCGCCCCCAAGGCACCUCAAGCGUCAUCAACAUUAGUGCCUGCAACAGCAAAGUUCAACACUUCUCCGCCCUUUAUCUCGCAUACAGCUCGACGAAAGCCGCCUUGGAAAAGCUAACCCUUGUUUUAGGAACGAGCUUUGCUGAGAGGAAUAUCCCGAUUCGGGUCAAUGUCCUAGCGCCUGGCGUGUUUGCGUCGGAUGUGACGAGUACUGAGUUCUUGGAGUUGCUGAAGACUAAGCCGCUGCCUGGAAUGACGGCGGCGGUGCCAGCGAAGAGGCAUGGGACCGAGGCAGAGAUGGGGAUGACGGCGGUGUACUUGGCAGCAUCGGAUUAUACGAACGGGACGAUCUUGAGUAUCGAUGGCGGAAUCUCACUGGUGACUCCUUGAUGCUUUGAUUACCCAAUGUCCUGCCCUCGGCUUUAAUAGAAGAAAAAUGACUUUUCCGUUGUAGCUUCUAAGUUCUGAAUUGCUGGAGUCUGGUCCUGAGGCAGCUGCUAUCUGACGAUGGCGGAUCUGUGCGCAGGCCUCGAACGUAUUUACCGCU